AAUCCUUAGAUCCAAAACAUGAACACCAAAAAAAGCAUUUUGUUUUGGUUGUCUGUCAUUGCCAUUGCUCUUUUUUCCAUCAUUCUUUCUUUCUACACCACAAACUCAACCAUACCUACCUUUGAAGUCACUUUUGUCAAAAGGGUUAUUGAGCAAAGUGGAUUUUAUGACUUGUUCUCUUUCAUAAGCCAAAUUACGGGCCGCCACCGUCAUCAUGGGCACCACCACCACCACCAUAGGCGGCGGAAGGUCAGUUGUGACGCUGACACAUGGAAGAACUCUCGGCUAAUAUCCGAAUACGGGGUGCAGCUUGUUUUGACCGUUGAUCAAAACGGUUGUGGGAACUUCACCACUUUGCAGCAGGCGGUUGAUGCUGUUCCUGAUUCUAGCCUUAAUACAACUCUUAUCAUACUUGAUUCAGGAACUUAUAGGGAGAAAGUGUUGGUAAAUCAGACCAAGACCAACUUGAUAAUUCAAGGCCAGGGUUUUCUUAACACUGCGAUCGCAUGGAACGACACAGCAAAUUCGACUGGAGGCACAAUCUACAGCGCUACGGUUUCCGUUUUUGCGCAAAACUUCAUUGCUUAUAACAUCAGCUUCAAGAACACAGCUCCUUCGCCGGCCCAAGGUGUAGUCGGAGCACAGGCAGUCGCCCUGAGAAUCUCCGGUGAUCAAGCAGCUUUUUAUGGUUGUGGGUUUUAUGGAGCUCAAGACACUCUUCUUGAUGAUCGAGGAAGACAUUAUUUCAAAGAAUGUUUCAUUGAAGGAUCAAUAGAUUUCAUUUUUGGAAAUGGUAGAUCACUCUAUGAGGGUUGUAUGCUGCACUCGGUUGCUAGUGAUGUCCCGAGUGGUGGUGGGAUUAGUGGAGCGAUAACAGCGCAUGGGAGGAACUCGGUGGAUGAGAAAACAGGGUUUUCAUUUGUGUAUUGUAUUAUUAGAGGAAGUGGUAGGGUGUGGCUUGGAAGGGCUUGGGGUGCAUAUGCAACUGUGGUGUUCUUAAAAACUUAUAUGAGUGAAGUUGUUUCUUCUGAUGGUUGGAAUGAUUGGAGAGAUCCCUCUAGAGAUCAGACAGUUUUCUUUGGAGAAUAUGGGUGUUUAGGCGUCGGAGCAAAUACCACAUUUCGGGUUCCAUAUAUGAAAACACUAAGCGACGAAGAAGCUACCCCGUUCAUGGAUAUCUCUUUCAUCGAUGGAAACGACUGGCUUUUGCGCAACGAUAAAAACAUUUAGAAACUUCUAUCAAGAUUUAUGACAUUCUUGUUAUUUAUGUCGAGUCAAAGUUCAAUUAACAUCAACAUGACUCGCGUUAGAAAUGAUAUGAUAUUGAUCAAUAAGUGAUCUAGUAAUAAACAAGUGCAGGACAUCCACUACACAAUAUAGUUGAUUACUCACACUUAUGUUCGACACAUCCUCUUAUUUUGAAGAAAUCUGAUAUUACAAUCUGACCUCUAUAUUUUUAGAGUUCUUGCUAUA